CUGGGCCCUCCUUCUCCAGCUAACAGUUCCUGCUUGGGCCGGCGAUCCGACGGGCAGCGAUGGCGAAGCGCCCGCGGGCCGGGCUGGCCGGUGCGCUGCAGGUGCUGCUCUGCUGCCUGCCCUUGUGUCUGAGUCGGGGGCCGCCGCACUUGGUGCUGGUGCUGGCCGAUGACCUGGGCUGGAACGACGUGGGCUGGCACGACUCCGAGAUCCGCACGCCCACCCUGGACGCGCUGGGGGCCAGCGGGGUGCGCCUGGAGCGCUACUACACGCAGCCCCUCUGCACCCCUUCCCGCAGCCAGCUGCUCACCGGCAGGUACCAGAUCCAUACAGGUUUACAGCAUCAGAUAAUUUGGCCAUGUCAACCCAGCUGCAUCCCACUGGAUGAAAAACUUCUACCUCAGCUAUUAAAGGAAGCAGGGUAUGUUACCCACAUGGUGGGCAAGUGGCAUCUGGGAAUGUACAGAAAAGAAUGCCUUCCUACCCGUAGAGGGUUUGACACUUACUUUGGCUACCUUCUUGGAAGUGAAAACUACUAUUCUCAUGAACGUUGUGUGGCCAUUGUGUCAAAAAAUAUAACACGGUGUGCCCUUGAUUUUCGAGAUGGAGAAGAAAUUGCAGUUGGAUUUGAAAACAUGUACUCUGCUAAUGUAUUUACCAAAAGAGCUGUAGAUCUUAUAACUAAUCAUCAAACUGAGAAGCCUCUCUUUCUGUACCUCGCUUUGCAAUCUGUCCAUGAUCCUCUUCAAGUACCUGAGAAAUACACAGAACCUUACUCCUUCAUCCACAAUGAAAAUAGACGCAAAUAUGCAGGAAUGGUAUCCAUUAUGGAUGAAGCUGUAGGAAAUGUCACAGCAGCCCUAAAGAGCCAUGGACUUUGGAACAACACUGUUUUCAUCUUCUCUACAGAUAAUGGAGGUCAAACGCUGGCAGGUGGAAAUAACUGGCCUUUAAGAGGAAGGAAGUGGACCCUAUGGGAAGGAGGAGUGAGAGGGGUUGGAUUUGUUACAAGUCCUUUACUGAAACGGAAGGGAGUGGAAAGUCAUGACCUUAUUCACAUUUCUGACUGGCUGCCAACUCUGGUGAGCCUCGCUGGAGGACAUAUAAAUGGCACAAAGCCCUUAGAUGGCUUUGAUAUGUGGAAAACCAUCAGUGAAGGAAAACGUUCCCUGCGAAAGGAGCUGCUUCAUAAUAUAGACCCUGUAUUCGUGGAUCCUUCUCCAUGUGCAAGUAUCAGAAAAAGUUCAGCACCGCAAAGUAAUUAUUUUUCAUGGGAAGAUUCAAUUUUCAAUACUUCCAUACAUGCUGCAAUUCGAUAUGGAAAAUGGAAACUAUUAACAGGCAAUCCAGGCUGUAGUGAGUGGAUUCCAGCCCCACUAUUAUUUAAUGAGUCAAAGACACUAUCCUCUGAUCCACCAGCAAAGAAACUUUGGCUGUUUGAUGUUGUUAAUGAUGCUGAGGAAAGAAAUGAUUUGUCAGAACAAUAUCCUGGCAUUGUGAAAAAACUUCUCUUCCGUCUUCAGUACUACUACAAGAACUCUGUUCCUGUAUUCUACCCAGACGAUGACCCCCGUUGUGACCCAGCAGCAACUGGGGCUUGGGGGAACAAUCAAUAAAAUUUGGAUGUAGAAAAACUGCACAGCAUCACACCUGGAAGAAUAUUUCUGCUGUACGGGUUAUAAAGCUGAUUUCCAUUGUAUGCUUGUGCACAUAAAAAUGUAUACUCCCUUGUACACAAGUGUAGACAUGAAUGUACAAAAAUGCACCAAGGGAAUCAAUCCAGUGACUCAGGGACCUUGCACAAAUCUGUCUGACCUUGUUUAAUUUAUCUUAACAGAGUCAGCUUCAGGCCUUUGGAUUCAGUUCUUCUCAUUCAAUGUAGUUUGGAGGUUGCAGUUUCCCCUUAGAGAGAUUGAAAUUCUAUUCAAAUUAGAACUCUGUCAUUUAAGAUGUUAGCUUUUGUCCCUGACAUGUCUCCAAAGCAGAGGUAAAAUGAUGCUGCUUUCCCAAAAUUGCUGGCCAGCUGGGAAACAUUAUUUCAGCUGGAAAGCUCUGAGUCAUGGGGGCAGGCCCUUCCAAAUUCUUUUGCAUUUGAAGUCAGAUGCUUGAUUUCAUACUUGCCAGCAGCUAGUUUUUGUUGGAGGCUAACACAGAGUUGUAAAGCAAAGGCCAGUUGUUGAUUUCACGUGGCAUUCCAUUUUCUCACCUUUACCUCUUUGCUCUUUUUGUCAUGGGAGCAUUUAAAAAUCUCUGAGCACAACCGUGUUUUUCUGGUCAUCCAAAUGGCCUGGUUGUUUAGCAUCAGAUUUGAGAUUCUGUGAGCAGAACAACUACAUUUGCACCUAGAAUGCAUAGUAGAAACUAUGCUGAUCCUUAAAUUUUUUUGUAUAAUUAGAGAUUUUGUUGAUGUAGUAGAAAAUUAAAUAUUUUCUGAAUGAGA